GUUGUUGCCUCUGUUUAAUUUAUUUGCUCAGAAGCUCAAAUGUUGCAUAAGGCCUAUCUAUAUUAGCAAGAUAAAAUAAGGAACUUGAUGUUAGGAAUAACAAACUCUUUGUCAUGAUCAAUUUGGCAGUCAUAGGCGCAGGGUCCGCUGGACUUGCGAUGGCAAGGUACUUAUCAGCCCAUCCAAAGCUGUUUGAGUUUGUCGUUUUCGAGCAGGGUAACGAAGUUGGUGGGACAUGGAUUUAUGAUGAAGGAGUUAGUGAUGAUGGUGUUCCAUGUCGAUUUACUAAUUUGACGCACAGAGAACUUACAGCUUUAGCUGACAAUGACACAAUACACUCCAGCAUGUACAAAAAUUUAAGGACAAAUUUACCAAAACAAGUGAUGGAGUUUCCAGAUUUCCCAUUUCCAGAAGAUUGCAAAACAUUUCCUUCCCACAAAGAUGUUUUGGAAUAUUUGAAGGCAUACUGUGGACAUUUUCAACUAAGGCAGUUUAUCAGAUUUAGAACCGAAGUAAAGCAUAUAUCUCCUUUACUGGAUGGUAAUUAUAACAGAAAAGGAGAUUUAAAUGUGAAAUGGAAAGUCACCACCUCAGAUGUAAACAACACAGAAACUAUAAACAUCUAUGAUGCAGUUGUAAUUUGCAAUGGACAUUUCUCUAAACCAAACUUACCCAGCAUUCCAAACAUUGAUAUUUUCUCUGGCUCAGUGGUGCAUAGUCAUUUUUACAAAGUUCCAGAACCAUACUAUAAUAUGAAUGUAGUUGUACUUGGAGGAAGAGCAUCAGGAAGAGAUAUUGCCAUAGAGAUAUCACAGGUUGCCAAAAGUGUCUACUUAAGUCACAACGGUCAACAUGGUAUAUCCACUUUGCCUGAGAAUUUCAUCGAAAAACCAUCAAUUAAGUGCAUUGGAGAAAAUGGUGAUGUUGUCUUUGAAGAUGGAUCACAGGUUAAAGCUGAUGUCAUAGUUUACUGCACUGGCUAUAGUUUUGAUUUUCCGUUCUUGGACAAAAGCUGUGGUGUUAGUGUUAGCAAUGGAAGAGUUAAUCCUCUGUAUAAGCAUCUAUUCAAUGCUUGUUUCCCAUCAAUGUCAAUUAUUGGUGUUUGCAAUAUUGUUUGCCCGUUUCAACUUUUUUCCAUGCAAGCAAGGUGGAUAUUGAAUGUGCUCACAAAAGAAGUCUCCCUUCCCACUUAUGAAGAAAUGCUUACAGAUCACAAUAAUGAGUUAGGUUACAAAGUCAAAGCAGGUAUACCUGAGCGCCAUUUUCAUAGACUCAGUGGUGACUUGCAAUGGGAAUAUUACAAAACUAUUUCAGAACUUGGAAAAGUGAAAACAAUCAGAAAUGUAGUUGAAAAGAUGUAUAAAUUUGUUGCCAAAGACAGAGAACUUAAUAUUUUGAAGUACAGAGACAAAGAAUAUGAAGUUAUCAAUGAUGAUAUGUUUGAUGUAUUACAGUGAUUUUGGUUCUAA